CGAAACUGAAACUACAUGAUAUCACAGUGUGAGAAGUUUCUCCAUCCUGGCAUUAAACCAGCAGAGCAUAUCGAGCAAAUAAAGAGAGAGGGAGAGUGGAGGGAGCUGAUAAGAGACUGUAGGAUAAAGGUGAGGUUUCAUAUAGACAUACAUACAGACAGACAGAAGAACAGUUUUACUCAGUCCAACACAGUACAAAGAAUGAUGAAGUUCGUCAUAUUGGCUGUUGUUCUCGUGCUGGUCGUGACAGGCGGCUCGGCUCUGGACUGCCUGCACUGCGUCCCAGAGAAAGCAGGAGGGGCCUGCGAGAUCACCACCGUAACCUGCCCACCGGACAAAGACGCGUGUGCCGCUGCCAAGUUCCGCAGAAGCCCAUACGGUCAUUACCAGAAGUGCAUGUCCAUGUCAGGCUGUGAGAUGGUGAAACAGAACGCUUUCAUCAACAUCAAGUGCUGUCAGAAGGACUUCUGCAACACCUUUGACUGAUCUGCCGCUGCCAUAUAUCAGCAUGACUCAUAAAACAGCUUUCAAUAAAAUAGACACAUGAAUCAAGUUACAUAUGUUUAUGCAUGUUUUUAGAAAAAGUUUUUUGUGCAAUGUUACAAAAACAGCCUGUUUCAAUGUGGUCAUUAAUAUUAAAAUAAACUAAGCAUGCUAGCA